AGAUUAAUGGAGACGAACUCGCCGGCAGCGCCCCAGCGAAUCAGACUGUCAGAGAACGGAGACGAACACAGCGCUCGGAUUCUCGCCCAUCUCCGCAUCUGUUUCACUUUUCACACGCGCGAACAUCUCUCCUCCUCCGUUUCCGGAUGAGCCAACUGCCUCCUUCCUUCGGUUGAUUGGAUUCAUUUUCUCCCCUCUCCGACUCCGGCGUCCGGCGAGAUUUUGCUGGUUUUCCGCCGGGGUCAGAUCCUGCGUUGAAGCAGACUGACCAGAAGCGAAACAAUGCGGUCGCCGUCGCUGCUCUCGUAGUGCCUCGCCGGCUUACUGUCUCAUGACAAGGCCACAGCUCACUGCGUCGACAUCGUGCCAGAGAGGGAUCAGUCACGCCUGCCGUCGCCGGCCGUCGAGAUCGUCCCAUCACAGAAUGUUCAUCCGUACAAGUAUGCGGGCGACAAUAUCGAAAUGCACGGCAUGAAUAUGUUCAAGCUUGCAGUUCAGGCCCUCUACAUGAGCCCUCCUCAUGGUUGCAGAAGAAGAAGAGUAGGAGCACUUGAAGAAAUGCUUAAGAGGAGACAGAUGGAGAGAUUGCCUGUGCUGCAUCUGGCAGUGGUGUCUCUGCUCGGCUUCUGCUGCCUCAUCCAUGCUUCAAGGGCUGCCAUUUCAUUCUCAGCUGCGGCCCCGAGGGAGCAGCUGCAGAAGACCGACGCAAUCCCAGCUUCCAGUGGAGCAGAUGGUCAGGCUGUCGUAGCGGGAGAGGUAGACCGCGGUGCUGUCAGCAGGAGGAUGGAGAUGGAGAUGCAGCUGGAGGACUACCCGGGGUCCGGCCCCAACGACCACCACUCGCCGUGGUGGCGGCAGGAGAGGAGGAAUUGAGAACAUGGAGCAAAUUUGCAUGUGUGUUCGUAGUGUUGCACAGUUGUGUAUGUUUCUCAAUCAAACUGUAAUACUCUACUCCUGGUGUAACAUACAAGAUCGACGCUUGUUACUUGCAAGGGCAUUAAGAGCAUCAUAUAUAAAA